GUUAAUUAGUCGAUUUCCAUCACGUAGAUCAAUAUGAAGGCUGUAACGAGCACUUUUAUAAGUUUAUUAAUUUUUCUCAUAUUGAUGCAAGUGAAUGCUGAUAUUAAGAGAGAUUGCCGUAAACAAACUGGCGUAUCUUGGGCUUCAUUGAAAAAACUAAAGGUGGCAGAUUUUAAUCAGAAUGAUCCUAAAUUGAAGUGCUACUUGAAAUGUUUCAUGCAAAAAAACGGAAUCUUUGGAGAAGACGAUAUCGAUAUUGAAAAAGCACUGAGGCAUUUACCGACGGGCAUUAAAGGGCCUUCGAAAACGACAUUAGAAUAUUGCAAAAAAAUACCUAGUGUAGAUGCAUGUGAUAAAGCAUUUCAACUCGCUAAAUGUUACUUCAAAGCCCAACCAGAGGUGCUCAAGAGCGUGUCAUUCGUAUAAUAAGGCAUGAAGAGAAAAUUCUAGUAAAAAUGACAAUUUCAUCUUGUGAUUUAAGACUUCAAACACAAAACUAAUAAAUGUAAUUUAACAACAUACACAAUGAUUCUGGUUAUUUAAAAUAUAAAGACUGUUUCGA